CAUGUUUAAAUUGGAAAGCCGCCAUCUUCGACGAUUUUUCACGGGUUGUUGACACGGACAGCUCCCAGCCGGUCGUGAAAGUGUUUUUCUGCUAAAUAAAAGUUGUGUAGUAUAAAAAGUAACGUUAAUUAGUGUGUUAUUUGAGACUGUAAGGGUACAUUCAUAUACGUCAAAGAUUUUUCGUACUAAGAUUUCUACCUUUGCGAAAAAUUUGCUAAAGUAGAAGCCCGUGACAAACGCCAAAUAGUUCAACUGACAGACUUUCCAGCAUUUCAAUGCUUUCUUUUCUUCAUUUCACGACUGUGUUCAAAACAUUAUUAAAGUGGUGUUUAUAACGUCAAAGUGACAAUAAAUAAUCUGGAUAAUGAAGUUACGUCUGUGAGCCCUGGAAUUCUUAUCUCCAUCGCCAGCGUUGUCGUAUGCACAUGCUCACGUCCCGAGAGUAUCAACUGGUAAAUGAUAGCGCAAGGAUCCAAUGAGGAACAUCUUCAAAUGACAAUGGGCUGAAGCAUAGUAUAUUUGAAAAUAUCACUCAAUUUGCAUACUUGAUUAAUGACUUCCUGAAAAAGAAAGAGAAUCAUUUAACUGGAUAAAAAUGGCGACAGUUGAUGAAAAGAAGCGCCAUGGAGGCUCAAAGGUAUCGGCGAUUGCAAAUAUAUUCCAGUCAAAGCCACAGCUGGAAAAUCUCAGUCACAGAACAAAUGUGGUAUUAUCAGAAGCCAUGAAGGAUCCUCCAGCACCAUUAAAAGAUUCUCCUACACAAGUAACAGUCGUUAGAACCGAGAGCCAUGUUGCUCGAUUCAACAAUGCAAGGGCUCUGUUUGAGAAACUGGGUGAAGAAAAUAAACCAAAUCGACCGGCUGAUCGAGUAAUGAAACCGACAAAUUUGCAUGGACUCCGCUCGCGUUCGAGCUCGGCAAAUUCUGGUUCAGGCUGUACAUCCCCGGCUCGAUCACCGCGUCCUCGUUCACCUUCUCCAUCAGGUACAAGAGAUCAUUUAAGUAAUUGGAGUGCAAGUGUGCCUGCUUUGAAUGCAGAGCGUCAUUUUGAGAAUGGGCACAGCCAUGGACCGGAAGCGGCGGUGGAUAGAUUGAGGCCCAGACCAGGAUUUGGAAAGUUUGAUAAAUUUGAUAAAAACUAUGGCAAAGAAAAUUACAUGGAUGAGAGGCCAGAAAGGCCAGAGAAGCCAGAGCGUAGAUUGAACUCAAAGGAGUUGAUUGAAAAACAGAAGAAUUGGACUAGCCAUUUCUCUAAAACGAGACCCAGCCGGUACAAUUCUGAUCCCAAUAGGUCGAUAGUUCAAACCACGCUAAAUCAGAGUAUGAACAAAGUUGGUGGUGAACCUAUCUCUCCUGGUCAGUCUACCGGUAUGUCAAACUAUGACAAAGAUUCGAGGCGUACCACGGAUGUUGCUAAUAAUCUUGCUACAAGAUCAGCCAGUUUCUGCUCAACAAGGCCGUCGCCAAAUAUGUCUCCGCCGCCUCCGCCUCCUCCCACUAGAAUCUCAUCAACUAAUAACGUUUCUUCAGCGAUAUCUAGGAAAGAAAGACCAGCUAGUGUAGCAUCGGCAAGCCCAACGACUCCUGAAUUUCUAUCUAGUCCUAAAAGUCCGGAGUAUGCUACUGUUGUGAAUAAACAUUUUGAUAUGUUUGCAAACACACCUGAGUAUGCCAUUGUGCAGAAAGGUCCAAAUGCGCCAUCAGCUAAAAACUCAACAAUUGCUGGUGCGCAAAAAAAUCAAGAAUCUCCGCUGCCCGAAUAUGCCGUGGUGCAAAAAAAUGUUACUGGAAAACAUGUCCAAAAAAAUUCAGUUGCAUUAAAAAGCGAAAACGUUGAGACUCCAAAGACGUCUAUGAAUCUGGACAAUAAAAAUGUAUCUUCUAAAAGUAGUACGAAUUCUGUAAAUUUGGAAAAUCAGUCCAAUAUUAGGUCUAAUAUAGGUCCCACGAGACCACAUAAAAAUGUCAAUAUUCCUUCUUCUGUGAAUAAUUUGUUUAUGGAAAGUUCCGACUUUGAUCAGUUAGGUACUCCGGAGUACGCUAAUUAUCCAAGUUGCCCAUUGAAAUCUCCACCUAAGACGUCGGAGUGGAAAAAUGAAUGGCUUGCAAAAAAUGAUGAAAUUCUGAAAAAUGCCGACAUUGAUUCACAUUUGACCAAAGAUAACUUUGACCAGGAAGUUAAAUGUAUUGAAAAAAUCAGAUCAGAAUCCAGGCCAGAUUGGGCAAAGCCCAGCUUAGAUACUGUAAAGCGAAAAGAAGAUAUCAAUGGAUCCAGAAAGCUGGACAGAUCGAAAUCACCUGAAUCAGAACUUCGGCCAUCCUCAGCUUGCACGGACAGUGCGUCGUCGGGAAUGAGCUCUCCGAGCUCUCCUUCAAAAGAUAGUAAAGAGGAAAAGGCUGAUAAGGAAAUACUUGAAAAAAAUCAAAAAGGACGUAACAGCUACGACCUAGAGAUAGAAGAUUCGGACAAACCGACAAUUUAUACGGAAAAAACAGUGGGCCAUGAAUUCAACCCGGAAAAGCCAUUUAGUGAAACAGACACAGCAACAGUCAUUCGAAGAUCUCACGUUCGUGUGGAUUUACCCGCUGCAGGUUUGGGGCAGCGUCCACCAUCGGUUGUCAGUUCUGAUCAAGAAUUUUCACCAUUGGAACAUAAGGAUAUACCUGUUCCAUCGCCGUAUGCCAAACGACUACAGAACGCACAAGUCUCUGACUCUACAAAUAAAACAAAUUCAGAUUCAAAGUCGCAGCAUGCCGAACAAACAAAAGAUGGAGCGAUCCAGCAUGACACACGAUAUAAAGCUCACGAAACCCCAACCAGUCAAAUUUUCUCGCCAGAAACUGCUACUUCGAGGUCACAAAAUUUAGCAGAUAGUGCUUCUCCGAAGCGAACUCAAGAGGCUGAAUUAAAUGCAACAAAUGACCAGAUGAAGCACGAAUCAUUGGCUGAGAGAAAAGAGCCAUCUGUAACAGCCAGUGGUUUGAGCGAUAUUAAGUCUAGGCCAAACAAAAUUGUUAAUUUAGGAAAAUCAACAACAAGUACAAAUCAGUCUUCGAGUGUUUCUAAUAAUCAAGAUAAGUGUCAUUCUAAUGACACAAAAUCCAUGACAGACUAUAUUAAUUCUACGACUAAAAAUAAUUUUAGUGAACAUGAAAGGAUCUUCACCACCGCAGCUCACACUACUUCCGCUACUACCACAACUACUUCCAAAGUAAAACCUGAUGCACAUGCUCAACAUACAACAAACGCAGAUAGCUCAAUUAAAAGUUCCCAUAGAUCGCAAUCGGAUAAUUUUGGUCAAUUACAGACAACGUGGGAGCAAGAGAAAUUAAAGGCUGAUCAAAUAGCUGCAACAAAGUCACAGCAAACAAAUUCAAACCAAUCUUUAUCAAAGUCCAAAAUUGCUGGAUCUAUUGAUAAGUCGCAAGAAUAUAAUGUCUCUAGUUCGCACGAAAGUAAAUCCGCUAGUGAUGAUAAAGUAUCUGAAAAUAGUCUUCAAGAAGACAGUGAUUCUAGCGAUGCUAAAACUAUUACAAAUUUAGAGAGUCUCUCUUCUAACGUGAGGCAAACACCGAACGGACAAGACUUAAUAAGAUCAAAAGUCAAACAAGUGACCCCUGUAACACCAGACACAAUGACUGCAGACGAGGCUGAAAAUCUGCUAAGUUCCCGGAUUUUGGAGAAAAAAAUUAGACAAGGUUCGGGGUUACUAUCGGAUGAGGAAGCUCAGGAAAUAGCCAGAUUAUUGUCACCUACUACAACAACUGCAACUCCUGGUGAUAAGGAUAGGGAAAUAGACAGGGAAAAUGACAGAGAAAAAGACAGAGAGGAACAAGAUAAUACACCUGACUGGCUCUCCGACGUUCUUUCUGCUCCAGAUUCCAGUCUUGUGAAUAGCACUACUCAUGAUUAUAGUUUGUCUAACAGGUCUCGGAGUGAUCUGACAAUAGAUUCCCUGACAGAGAGCCAGAUAGGCUCGGUCACCGGAAGCGAAAGUGGAUUGCUGGGAUCCGUCAGCAGUCUGAACGAUACCCACGAAACUAAUGAUGAUACAGAAACAGAACACCAGGAUGAUUUUACUCCCAUUGCUGGAAAAAUCAUUUUGGUUGAGAAUGGUGUUCAUUAUUACGAAGACGGUCACUUCUGGAUGGAGGUUGCUGGCCUUCCUGAUUCCGAUGAAGACGAUGACGAUUUAUCCCUAUCGGUUAUACCUGUGAAGCGGGCCAACAUCAAAGUCUCUUUUGAUACAGGGCCAAUGCGAGUUUACUCGACACACUCUGUUAACGAGUACGAUCGACGGAACGAGGAUGUUGACCCUGUGGCUGCGAGCGCAGAGUACGAACUUGAGAAACGAGUCGAAAAAAUGGAGGUUUUCCCAGUAGAGCUUAUGAAAGGGCCAGAAGGGCUAGGUUUGAGCAUCAUCGGGAUGGGUGUCGGUGCGGAUGCUGGGCUUGAAAAACUUGGUAUUUUUGUGAAAACAAUCACUGAAAAGGGUGCGGCUGCACGAGAAGGUCGCAUUCAGGUUAACGAUCAGAUUGUUGAGGUGGAUGGCAAGUCUCUGAUCGGUGUGACCCAAGCUUACGCUGCAAGUGUACUACGCAAUACCUCAGGUCUAGUACGGUUUCUCAUUGGCAGAGAAAGGGAUCCCCGUAAUUCCGAAGUAGCUAUGCUCAUCCGACAGAGUUUACAAGCAGACAGAGAACGUGAACAAGCCAAUGGGUCUACAACGAGGAGACUCAAUUUCUCGGAUGGAACCUCUCCGGACGGCCAACGUGGGAUUGGUAUGGGGGAAGAAAACUCUUCAAUGAGUGGUUUGGGCGGAGGGAUUCCUGGAUCUCCGACUAUGUCGUCCUGUUCGGAGGGUGAACCUCCGGCGAGUCCCAUCGAUGCCUACUCUUCUCCAGCCAGUCGGAGUCGCUCGCCUAUCAUUAGUUCAUCUCUACCGCUGCCUUCUACUACUACCCCAACAACCACUACACAGAGUGAUGUAGACAGCCUCAGAAUUCUCUUACAAGAGAGUCAGUAUAAGCUUGCCUUAGCCGACGGAGAGGUGGCAAACCUCAAAUCAAAGUUGGUGGAGCUGGAAAGCACUGGAGCAGGGAGUGAAGAAUAUGCCGCUAAGCUACGGGAAUCGGGAUUGAGAUUACACGAGUCGGAACGCGCUCUCAGCAUAGCACGUAAAGAUUUGGCAUCGGUUCGUGAAAUGCUGACUCAAGCAACCGCCCAGAGUGCUACUAUCCAACAAAAGUAUGCUAGGGCAAGACGCGCCGCACGUGAACUCAGAGCAGAUGUUAUAGCCCGAGAUGAAUUUUAUCAGCAGCUACUACAAGAAAAAGAUGCUGAGUACAACUCUCUAGUAAAAUGCCUCAAAGAUCGGGUGAUAGCAUUAGAAAUGGAACUUACGGAAACUCAGAGGAGAUUCGGACUUCCGGUACGAUUACCGUACGACGGUGCGACCGCGCGUAUCGUAACACCGCAGCCAACGAGACGCCAAAUGCCUCCACCACCCUCUGCAGCGAGUUGUCAGUUGUCGGACACAGAAACAUCGGACUUGAGCAGUCCUGACGAUGGAGAUAAAACGGCGACAGUAGAGCGUAAGCUGCCAUUACCAUUACCAGUAAAAGAAGAACUGGACCGCGCUGUGCCGGCUCAUCGUCUUCUGGAUAAUUCCGCGGGCAAAAGUAAAGCUGAACUUGCCAGUCGAGGAGGAUUGGCAAAUCGCCAACUGCCAAAACGAUCUGGCGGUCUCAGCAAUAGCAGCUCGGAUUAUGGCUUGGAUGAAUCUGGCGAUAAUACAGAUGAAGAUUUAUCCUCAAAGAACGCUAGUACUCAUGACGGAAUCAGUCAAUCGGCAAGUGAUCUAUCGCGCCCUUCAAAUUUGAGCUCGUAUUCCAGCAGCUCGUCUAUUAGUUCGCAAAAAAGUAAACAGCAUCUGGAAUCCACACAAACUACAACUAUACGCCAACACAGUACAAUUAGCUCUCAGGUCAGAGCAAUGACGGAGCAAAGCUGGCCCCCUCCGCAGAAAGGUCUGACUGGCCCUCCAGCAUCAUUGGCGGAACAGUUGAAGCAAGUUUUAGCUGAAAGAGAAAGAAGAUUAGGUGGUAAUGACAUUCCAUCAUCGAGAGAGAGUUCUGGGGAUUUCACAGAUCUGAAUAAUCCACAGUCUAAUGAUCCAACAUUGGUCACACAUCAUUUGGUGGAAGAGAUACGACAGGCUGUUAACGAAGCAAAUCAAAGAGCAAAGAAAGUUGCAGUGCCUCCGCAAAGCUUGAUGGGCAGUGGAAAUACACCCUGGCAUCAUCCAGGUGGAUCUCCGUCCAGUCUUUCGUCCGGUGGAUCAGUAAGCCCACCUGGUGCUGAUCCCAGCCCAUCAAAAACUGGUAGCGCAGAUUCCAGUGAGGUUUGGCUUCCUCCACAUCCAAGUGACUUUGGCUUGGGGGAUAAAAAAACCUCCCAUUUCUGGCAAAAUGCACCUAUUACGGAUUGGUCUAAAGAACAGGUGUGCCAAUGGCUGUCAGCCGUAGGUCUGGAACGGUAUGCGCCUCGUUUUGUUGAGGCGGGAAUAGCUGGAGGAGGGCUAUUGAGACUAGAAUCACGCGAUUUGAAAGCUCUCGGUGUUGCGGGAGAAGAGAAAGCGCGGCUAAAACGAAAAUUGAAAGAGCUGCGAGCACAAGCGGAGCGGGAGCGUAAAGAGCGUAAGGAGUUGGAACGCAUGCGACGCAAGGCUGAAAAGGCAGCUAAAAAAAAUAGGAUCGAAUGUACCGGGAUAAUCAACCACUUCUGAUGAAGCUUCAUUUAGUUCAACCGGGGGAGUUUCGUUCUGAAUGGAUUUCAUAUCAACGACUGUUCAUUACAUCUUCAACAAUUGUCGGGAUCGCGCUUAUGCUAAAAACUCUUUCUAAUGUGAAGUGUGUCAUAUAGUCAAAAAAUUUUUAAAACAAUAUAUUUAUUUUUUCAUAUUUUCCCCGUUAUUUCAAACGUCAGGAUUUAAUCUGUACAGUGUUUUUUAUUAGCAAGAGUUUCCGGAUUUUAAUAAUUCUGUAACUCAUUCUUCAAUUUGGUAAAAUCUGUACUCUGAUGUCUUUUUUGAUCUUAAUAUUGAGAUUCGUCACUCUGCUACAGUGAAAAAUUACUCGGCAGGAUGUAACUCAAUAAAAGCGAAAACAAAAAACCGACACAAAACGAAAAAUAGAAAACAGAGCGAUCCACAAUGUUUAGUACUUGAUCAUGUACAGAAAUUUCCUUUUCAAAUGGUUUAACAGAUUGUAAAUAUUUGAUUUUAGAUAAAUAAUUUAUACAUAGAAGUGCUGAUUAUAUUGUUUUAAAACAUAUCAGACAUAAUAUAGACACACCAUAUUGUGAAUUUAUUCUAUGUAUGAAAUGCCUACAACGAAAUGAGAUCUUACUUAUGUAAAAGUUUUCUUCAUUUUUAACAAGUCUCAUUUUGUUAUGUGCAAUUGGUAGACAAACGUAUGCGGAAAUGCGUGUACUUAUUUAUGAUAGUUAUAAGUCUUGAGUUUGGCAUUACAAAGUGUUUUAAUCACAAGGUUGAUCGGUCAGUGAUUUGUAUCAGACAACGUUAUAUGACUCAAUUACAAUAUAAUUAAGCAUAACUGAAACGGAGUAAGCGACACUACAAAUAAUUGCAGAAACACUUUGUACAUACAUGAUAUGUUUAAUAAGUAUUGACGUUAACGAUAUAAUGAUUAUCAUUUAUCAAGUAUAAGUAAAUACCAUAACCAUAUAGUGUCAUAAUAUUUCAUAAUAUAACAUUAGUUGAAUAAUUCAAGUGUUAAUUGAACUCAUCUAUUACUUUAUAUCAAUGCGUUGAAUCAAGAUCCUCAAACAACAUAAAACAUUACAAAAAGAACAAGAGCUUUGUACUAUUGCUUUUAUUGGACAAUUCAUUCGAAUUAUACCUGAGAGUUGAACUAAUCCAGAUCAAAGUGCCAAAAAAUUUUACCGACUAAAUAGGAUGAUUUUUCGUUUGAUCAAUCCUCAUAUGUUUACCUGUACACUGCUAUGAGUAUUUUAUCAUAUUAUAAGCAACGUUUUCACGUCAUUUAGAUUCUUGUUAGGUCAACUCUUUGGCUCAAUAUUUAAAAGAUUAAUAACAGAUUACACUUGACUAAAACUGACUGAUUUGAAAACUAAGUUUUAUAGUUGAUUUUUAAUAAAAAACGAAAAAAAAAAACGAAAAAAACGAACCUAUCUAUGUAAUAUGAUAAUAACAAAAAUAUCGCGUGAAAAAAUAUUAGCAGUAGUAUGACAAGCAGAAGCACAUUGAAAAAAUCACCAAAAAAAAAACUUGCAUGUCUUCUGAACGUGUUGAUCCUUAUUUGAUUUGAAUUUUAUUUUUUACUGUUAUUUAAAUUAUUGUCAUUAGAUUAACAGUAUUCAUCUCAGCAAUUAUCGAAAAGCUGCAAAAAGAUGAUCAGUUAACUGGUCAUUGAAAACUUUGCAUUAUGAUAACGAAGACAAACAAUAAUAAUAUUGUGAAAUACUCUAUACAUUUUAAAUAAAAAACAAACAAUUCGUACAGUACAAA